AUGGAGCAAAGCCCCUCUCUCACCCUGCUGCUGCUACUGCUGCUGCUGCUGCUGGACCUCUCUCAGGCCAACCCUCUGAUGGAGGAUGGAAGUGGACCAGAGAUUCUAACAGACAACCCUGAGGCUGUAGACAUCACUGAGAGAAUUCUGACCACUAAUAACGGCUCCAGUCAGUUUCUGUUGGAGGGAGACAUGGUGGCACCGACAACCAGAAACGCCAUGAUUUGCUUUAGUGCAGGGUGUUUCUGGAAAAAAGGCUCUAACGGAUUGGUUGAAGUGCCCUACACAGUGAGCAGUAGCUUCAGUUCCUCAGACAAGCAGAGCAUUGAGAACGCCCUCCGGGCCUUCCCUUCCAAGACCUGCAUUCGCUUCGUGCCUCGGCAGAAUCAGGUUGACUUCAUCAGCUAUGAGCCCAGAGACGGGUGCUGGUCCUCUCUUGGGAGAGUGGGAGGCCAACAGACGGUCUCUCUCCAAAUGGACGGCUGCGUUUACUUCGGCGUCAUUCAGCACGAGACUCUCCACGCUCUGGGCUUCCAGCACGAACAAACCAGGAGUGACCGUGACCAGUAUGUCGAGAUCAACUGGAGUAACAUCGACUCUAACAACGCCUACAACUUUGAUAGAUCAAACACCAACAACCUGAACACUCCCUAUGACUACAGCUCUGUCAUGCACUACGGAAAAACAGCCUUCUCUAUCAACGGGAUGGACACCAUCACCCCCAUCCCCAACCCCAACGUGUCCAUCGGCCAGAGACAGGGGUUGUCCACCACUGACAUCCUGAGGAUCAACAGACUCUACAGCUGCUGAGAGGAAGACGUCAAGUCACAGGAGAAAAGUCUGGAAAAGACCAGAUGAAGGAAGUCUAGUCUGACAUAUAUAAUGUUAUCUUAUUGAUUUAAAAUCAUUGUUUAGUUGUAACUUUAAAAAAAAGAUCAUUGCUGUAGUUGUGUGGUUCUCAAAUUAUUUUAAUCAUGUGACUUAGUUAAUUAUCUAAAAUAAACAAGAUUGAAAGCA